UACUUAGGGUAUCUGGUUAUUCUACAUGCACAUGGUAACGCAUGACAUGGAUCCUGACGUUGUUCGCUGGGGUCUUCAUCACCUUGAUGUCUGUACACUUUCUAAUAGUGGCUCGCCUAGUAUCAGAACUCAAUAUGAUCCGGAUUUAAGUCAUGUUGAAUAUGUUAGAGAAGGUUUUUAUCAUUAUGAAGAUGUGGAGAAUGAUGAGACAGUUGCUCGUGCUUAUCAAGAAGAGUUAUCACGACUUGAUUCCAUGGAAGCUUCUGGGUUAUCAAAUUUAGAGAAUCAGCAUGUUCGGGCGUCUAUUAUUGCACAAGAUUGGUGUUCUGCUUCAAAUAGAUCUCAUGACUCUGGCAGCCAGACCUGUCAAAAAGCUAUUGAUGAGCCAAACAAUAUGAAAGAAAGGGAGAGUUAUGGUCAUAGUGAAAGGGAAAAUGCUGUGGUACAGGAUGUUGAGAUCUCUGGCUCAUCUUCUGGUUUAGAUAUGCCUGUUUUUAAUGAAGAUUUAUGGCAUUCCUUGGAAAUAUCAGAUGAAUCUGCCCUUGAUGGUGAAGUUGGUAAAAGAUUGAAUCAGAUGGUUCCUGCUCCUCAUGUUCCUAGAAUCAAUGAAAAGCUACCGUCUGAUGAUGAACAAAUAUCAGAUCAUCAAAGACUCCUAGACAGGUUGCUGUUAUAUGAUCUGGUUGAGAAUAAGGUUGAAGGAGAUGGUAACUGUCAGUUUCGUGCUUUGUCAGAUCAGCUCUAUCGUUCGUCUGAGUACCACAAAUUUGUACGAGAGCAAAUCAUUGAACAGCUCAAGUCUCACCCAGAACUAUAUGCGGGUUAUGUUCCUAUGGCUUAUAAUGAUUAUUUGAGGAAGAUGGGCAAGAGUGGUGAAUGGGGUGAUCAUGUCACAUUGCAGGCUGCUGCAGAUUGGUAUGGCAUCAAAAUUUUUGUGAUUACCUCUUUCAAGGAUACAUGUUACAUUGAGAUUCUUCCACAGAUACAAAAGUCUGUAAGAGGGCCCUUUCACUAUCAGCCGCAUAUCCUUAGUUUGGAAUUCCUAUUUGUGAUCCGUACAGUGAUAUUUCUCAGCUUUUGGGCAGAGGUUCAUUACAAUUCAAUCUAUCCUGAAGGAGAAUUGCCUAUAUCCUGCUCAAAGAAGAAGAGAUGGUGGAAUUUUGGUGGAUAGGCCCAUUUCUAAACGGAGGCAACCAUUUCACACGACACAGCUCAUUUUAGAUUGCAGCGGAACGUGUCCUAUUUUGGCUCUAAAGCUCUGAAUCAUCACUAUGGUCAAUCAGCAUUGAGAUAGCUGGAGCCUAUUGCUGCUGCAAUUUUAUACACGGAUGAUGCUGCACUAUUAGGAAUCCCAUACAGUAUUGAUGUUUCCAAUGCUUAGUCUCCUACAAUUAUUUUGUAUAGCAUUUCUUUUUAUUUAAUAAUAACAAUGUUCUUUUAUUGUACAGGACUUAUUUAAUCUGUAUAUAAUUUAAUAUAUAUAUUUUUUAUCAGCAUCUAUUCUUUUCUAAA